CCAAAAAUGCGCAAAGAAUUGAUUGAAAAAGUUUAUAAUGCUUCAAAUGGUGAUUUGGAUCAAACAGCAUCACAACUUGUUGGCUUAACAGAAGAUGAAACAGCAAUAGACAAUGACACUGAUGAAGACAAUGACACUGAGCUUUCCAUUCUGAGUUCAAUUAACCCCUUAGAAGACGUUUCUGGUGAUCCAUUAGAGGUGUAUUUGUCGGGAAUUGUUAAAGAAGGCAGACAACAAGUGAUAACAGUUUCUCGAAAAUCUACCUCCCUCCUUGCUGAUCAAAUUAGGUUACACAAACAGGGAUUGGAGAUCAAAUUCAAGCCAAAUGUAGAAUUUAUAGAUGAAGAUGCUGUUGAUGCAUCAGGACCAACAAAGGAGUUCUUUCAUCUAAUGAUGCAGACACUUGUUAGUGGUGACAGAAGCAUCAGCCUUUUUGAAGGAAAACCUCAUCACCUCUUGCCUCUACACUCUAUUGAAGCCAUAGAAUCUAAUCUGUUUUACUAUGCUGGAAGAAUGAUUGGUCAUUCUUCUUUGCAUAAGGGUUUCCCAUUUGUAGGCAUGACACCAGCUGCUGUGACCUACAUCUUGUCAGCAUCAGUCGAUGAAGCAAUCCCACAGAUAACAUUGGAUGAUGUUCCUGAUAUAUUUAUGAAGGAUAUUAUAUAUAAGAUGGUGAGUGCCACAAAAGAAGAACUAGAAGUGUUGAAUAUGACUGAUGAGGUGAUGAGCAUUCUUCUCACAAGUGGCUUUGUCAAUAAACUAUUGACAUGUGAGAAUAAAGAGAAGGCCAUACAGGAUGUGCUUAUAUACAAUGUACUCCGUAUGCAGAUUACUGAAUUGGAUGAAAUCCGUAGAGGUUUAGAGUCGGUUGGUUUGGCAUCAUUUCUCAAACACAACCCAUCCUUUGUAUGCAAAACAUUUGCCUACAGAAGAGACAUCACAAUCUGUGGAGAAGACUUACUGAAGAAAAUAAAAGUCUACUCUGCUGAUCUAAGUGAUGAUGAAAAUAUGUCUCUCUGUUGGUUCAAACAAUUGAUCAAUGAAUUACCUGUGGAAGCACAAACAGAAAAUCCUUAUGUGGCAACAUUAGAGAAAUUGACGCAGUUCGUUUAUGGCGAUCCACUACCCCCUUCCAAAGCAAUGAUUGUUAAAUUUACAAAAAAGGAAAAGAUGCUGCCUGAUGUUGACUCAUGUACAGCAACCAUUCAACUUCCAAUUGUUCAUCGCACAUUUGACGAGUUCAAAAAAGUAUUCAAUUCAACACUUUCUGUCCAAGCAACAGGGUAUGGCAGAUUAUAGAAUACAUUGAUUAACUGCUCUGGUUUCACAUAUUAUAAACUAUGUUUGUGGUUGAGGUUUUGAAUAGUUAAAAUUAUGUUACAUUAUAAACAAUGUUUUAUGCUUGAGGUUUUGAAUAGUCUGUAAAAUUAUGUUACAUUGUCUCUUCACUAGCGGCUGAACUCACAACUUGUUUUCUCUCCAAAAAGUCAUCAUAUAUCAGUUGGUAGUUAAUCAGUAACUUAAAAAAUAGUAAUUGCCAGGGGUCGGUUGUAUCAAGCCCGUUUAACUUAAAGGUGGUUAAGUU